CGUCGUCUCGUCUCGUCCCCCACGCGCGCGCGCUCCUCGACAUCGUGCGCCGCCCCGGAGCGCGCCGUCGGUGAUCCCACCGGCGAGCUUCCCGGUUCAGAGAAAACAAAUGGUAAAUGUGCAGAGUACGGCGCCAACUUUAACGAGCCCCGACGCGCGCCGUCCUCUCCCGCCCCAAUACAAAAAGCCGCCCCAACCGCCGCACAGCGAUUCUGCAAAGAAAACAAGAGGCACGCUCGCCAUCUCAGCUCAGCUCGUUCCCGGUUUCCCACCUCCCGCUCCUGAAAAACUCCCAGCGCGAGUGUCGUCGCGGGCAUGAGGGAGCAGGAGGCCGGCGGCGAGGCGGGGCGCCGGGGCGGCGUCAUCAGGGCGCUGCUCGGCGUCGCAAGGCUCGCGGAGGACGACGCUGCCGUGGCCGUGGGCGGCGCUUCAAAGAAGAAGGCAGAGGCCCCGGAUGCGGACAGGAACAAGGCGGUGGUGCGGGUGGUGGCGGCCGACAUGCCGCCCGCGCUGCAGCGGCGCGCCUUCCGCUGCGCCCGCGACGAGCUCGCCGCGAUGCCGCACUACCCGCGCCGCCUCGAGCCCAAGCGCAUCGCGCUCGCCCUCAAGAAGGAGUUCGACACUGCUUACGGGUCAGCUUGGCACUGCAUCGUAGGGACAGGUUUCGGUUCGUAUGUCACGCACGCCAGGGGCGGAUUCUUGUACUUUUCCGUUGAUAAGGUCUACAUACUUCUGUUCAGGACCGCCGUGGAGCCCUCGCCCCAAUGACGAUAGCCAGACAAAUUGGUUCAUGAAUUGUAUGGACUGUGAAAGCAUGGGGGCAUAACAAAUGCACAAACUGUUCAGCUGGUAAUUGUAAAUUGCAUUACUGCUUUUUGCUGUCUAUGGUUCGGAACUACAAGGGGUUGCUGUAACCUGUUUCAGUUGAAUGUGGUGCUGGUCAUUGUGCUUUUCAAUGUGCCGGAGAUUUCU